AUGGAAAAUGAAAUUAAAGAAUGGCAAAAGGUUUUAUAUUUGGAUCAGGGUGUUCCGGACAAUUACGUAGACGUUACAUUCAUGAAGGAUUUGAAGAAAAAUUUGUAUACAAAAACGUAUGACUAUUGGUUUGUAGUAAAAGAAUCUGGAGUCCUAACCCAUCAAAUUUGCAGUGUAUGUAUAUUCAUAACAGUAUUCAUAUACAUGGACUCCAUGCUUCUUUCUCCACAGAUUUUAUUCUGCAUCUCCUUCGUUACAAAUAUUUUGGGCUAUGCACUCAAAUGCAUCUAUUUCAACGACGGCCUGAAAAAUAAUUACUACCACGACCUGCGAAUUUCAGUCAUAUCGCUCGGUUUCUGUUUCUUCUUGUCUCCAAUCUUAAUGACACUGACUCAGUCAAUCAGUACAGAUACCAUAUACGCCAUGACUUUCUUCAUGUUCCUCUGUAACUUGAUGUUCCAUGACUACGGUACAAAAUCUGUCAUAGUUUCCAGAUCGAUAUCUUUGAAUUCAGCCAUCUUUGCUUCAGUUUGUUUGGCUUCGAGACUCUCCACAGCCUGGCACACCUUUUCUAUGCUAACUUUUGCGUUACAAAUGUUCGCCCUUUGGCCGUCUUUUCGAACUAUAUUCAAGAAAAACACCAAAGACAGAGCAUUCGUUUGUAUGACCGUCCUAACGAGUUUAUUAAGUUUCAUUGGUGUUGCUUCUAUAUCCUACAUCGCGUCCAUACAAUAUCUAUUGCUUCAUAUCUUCAUCACAUUUCUAUGCCCUGCCCUCUUUGUCCACAUGCAGAGUUAUAAGAAUAACAUACAUGGACCUUGGGAAGAAGCAGUGAUCAAUUUGAAAAAAUGA